AUGGCGUGUAAACCGCCAAUCUAUAACAGGGAGGUUGACCCGAUAAUUUGCCAAAGAUGGUUGGGCGACAUUAAAGGGGUGUUUGAAAGGACCCAUUGGGAUGAAAGCGACUUUGUUGCUUACGGAACGGGUCAGUUGAGAGGUCAAGCCAAAGAUUGGUGGGACAACAAAAAGAAUGAAAUAGGAGUCGAAGCGGCGAAAACCAUGACAUGGGAGGAGUUUAAGACGCCGUUUCUUAAACAUCGUAGCCCCAAGGCGGUCAUUAACAAAAUCAUGGAAGAGUUCAUGCAACUUAGGGAGUUUAUGACUCCUUCAAAAUACAAGACCCUUACCGAAAUCAUAAACGUUGCUCGGGAACGAGAAAUCAAGUUGAAGAAACAAGUUGAAAGGGGUGAGCGAAGGGCGCAAGAUGUAAACCCAAGCCCUACAAAGAAAGCUCGAACUGGAGAGUUGGGAAAGAAAGUGGAUGUUAAAGGCGGGUCGCCAAGUUGUAAGGUAUGUGGAAAGGGGCACAAAGGUGAGUGCCGCUUCAAAGACAAGUCGUGUCCGAUAUGUGGGAAGACGAGGCACACCGCAUCGCUAUGCCCCGGAAAGGUUUUCGUCUGUUACAAAUGUUAUCAACCCGGCCACAAAAAGUCCGAAUGCCCCGAAUUGGUGGGGAAGAGAGACACAAAAGAGUCUCCAACGGAAGCUCCAAAGGCAAAGGCUAGGUCUUUUCAACUUACUGCGGCUGAAGCAAAGACAGAACCCCAUGUGGUUUCAGAAGUUGAAAUAGGGGACAACAAAAGCUUCAUAGUUUGUGAUAUUUGUCGAGGUUGUAAAUUAAAUAUUGAUAAUGAAGAAUACUUAAUAAACCUAAUCCCGAUGUCAAUGGGGCAAUUUCAAGUAGUUGUUGGGAUGGAUUGGCUGUCUCAGCACCACGCGAAGGUCGUGUGUUUCCGUAAGGAAAUAAAGCUAACAUCUCCUAGCGGAAAGCACGUUACAAUUUAUGGCGAAAAGGGAGGAAAUCCUAUAAUAUGCUCAAUGAUGAAAGCUCACAAGCUCAUGAAGCAUGGAUGUAAAGCAUUUAUGAUAUACGCGAACGAGCCCGAGAAAGAAUUACCGAAGAUUGGAGACGUGCCCGUAGUACGUGACUUUGAAGAUGUAUUUCCGGAUGAUCUACCGGGAAUGCCGCCCGAGCGGGAAGUGGAGUUCGGAAUCGAAUUGAUUCCGGGCGCGAAACCCAUAGCUAAAGCGCCAUACCGACUCGCACCGUCGGAAUUACAAGAAUUGAUUUUCAAGAUGUCUGAUGGAAAUGAUGAUAAUCCGGUGCAAACAAGCACCGAACAAAUGAAAGAAAUAAUUGCCGAAGAAGUAGGGAAGGAAAUUGAAGGUAGUCUAUCCGGGUUUAUAGUCUAUCCCCACACUGGAAACACCCCUUCUUAA